AAUACCCAGGCAAGCCUAAGCUGAUCCAGAUCAUCAUAAUCCAUUGCAGGACAUGUUUCAAACUCAAUUCAAACUCACUAUGUGAACUGCCCCAGUGGAAAAACAUGUACAAGCAUUGAAGGAACUAAUUGCGACUUGCCCAAGGUUUCCGAACUAGCUCUAACAGUGACCAUGCAAUGGCUGCAACACCUGCCCAGGCAUUGUCUGUUCUUGCUGGCAUGUUUGGCAGCUUGGACAUCGGCCGUCUCUCAGGACGAGCCGGUGGCUAAUUUCUUUGGAAAACAUAACGGUACGUCAGGGCACACCAACAACUGGGCAGUUCUCGUAUGUGCAUCGAGGUAUUGGUUCAAUUACAGGCACAUGGCCAACGCGCUCGGGAUGUAUCGCACUGUCAAGCGUCUCGGCAUUCCCGAUUCCAAUAUUAUCCUCAUGCUCGCAGACGACGUGGCGUGUAAUGCGAGGAACAAAUUCCCUGGAAGCGUUUACGCCAAGUCGGGACGUCACCUUGACCUGUACGGCGGAAAUAUCGAGGUAGACUAUCGCGGGUACGAAGUCACGGUAGAGAACUUCAUACGCCUUCUGACGGGACGAGUUGAUCCGUCGGUUCCGCGUUCCAAGCGUCUCCUGACAGACGAUCGGUCUAACAUCUUCGUGUACAUGACCGGACAUGGGGGUAAUGAAUUCCUUAAAUUCCAAGACAACGAAGAAAUCAGCGCAUUCGAUAUUGCUGAUGCUUUCGAACAAAUGUGGCAGAAGAAGCGCUACAACGAGAUAUUCUUCAUGAUCGAUACAUGCCAAGCGAACACGAUGUACUCUCAGUUCUACUCUCCGAACAUUCUCGCAACGGGAUCUUCUGAGAUCGGGGAGAACUCCUAUUCCCACGAGAAUGAUAACGACGUUGGCGUCUCUGUCAUAGACAGUUAUACACAUUUCGUACUCGAGUUUAUGGAGGGUAUUAAUAAGACAAGCCAAGUCUCAAUGCAAGACCUGUUCUCCUCGUACGACCCCGUCAAGAUUCGGUCGCAUCCAGGCGUGCGGUCGGAUCUCUUCCAACGUCCAUUGGAGGGCGCCCUCGUUACGGAUUUCUUUGGAGGCGUCUCGCAAGCAGAGAUUUUCCCUGUGACCGAGGAGGACGCAGACACCGCCCUGCAGUAUAUUACAAGGGUUUCUUUCCCCGACCACGUAGUCCACCCGGACCCAGUCAGCCCACAAGCAUGUCACGACCAAGGCGUCAACACGACAAGAUCAAAUGCCACAGCUUUGACGCCGGAGAAAGACAACAUAAUGUUGGAUGUACGCUGGAAGGACAUCAGGAAAUGGACCUCAAUAGCUAUUGUGGGCUUCCUUGUAGGCUGGGUCUCUUUUGUACGCUAAGCGCCAUCGGAUAAUGCUAGCUGUCCACGACGGGA